UAAGAUGGCGGGGAAAAAGAGUGUCCUGUCGUCUCUGGCAGUUUAUGCGGAGGAUUCAGAGCCCGAGUCUGACGGCGAAGGUGGAGUCGAAACAGCGGGCGGCGCGGCUGAGGAGAAAGGCGGGUUGGUGUCUGAAGCUUAUGGAGAUGAUGACUUUUCUCGCCUUGGAGGUGAUGAAGAUGGCUUUGAAGAAGAGGAUGAUGAGAACAGCAGGCAGUCGGAAGAUGACGAUUCAGAAACCGAAAAACCUGAGACGGAUGACCCAAAGGAUAACGCCGAAGUAGAAAAACGGGACCCUCAAGAACUAGUUGCCUCCUUUUCAGAAAGAGUUCGAAACAUGUCGCCCGAUGAAAUCAAGAUUCCUCCAGAGCCCCCUGGCCGGUGUUCCAAUCACCUACAGGAUAAGAUCCAGAAACUGUACGAGCGGAAGAUAAAGGAGGGGAUGGAUAUGAACUACAUUAUCCAAAGGAAGAAGGAAUUUCGGAACCCCAGCAUCUACGAGAAACUGAUCCAGUUCUGUGCGAUUGACGAGCUCGGCACCAACUACCCAAAGGAUAUGUUUGACCCCCACGGCUGGUCUGAGGACUCGUACUAUGAGGCGUUAGCCAAAGCCCAGAAGAUUGAAAUGGACAAACUGGAAAAGGCCAAGAAGGAGCGAACAAAAAUUGAGUUUGUGACGGGCACCAAGAAGGGCACGACGACCAGCGCCACCGCUGCCACCACCACCACGGCCAGCACGGCCGUCGCAGAUGCCCAGAAGAGGAAGAGCAAGUGGGACUCCGCCGUCCCCGUGACGACGAUCGCCCAGCCCACCAUCCUCACCACCACCGCCACCCUGCCCGCGGUUGUCACCGUGACCACCAGUGCCAGCGGCUCCAAGACCACAGUCAUUUCCGCAGUGGGCACUAUCGUGAAGAAGGCCAAGCAGUGAC